GAUCUGUAAUUAAUUUUGUAAAAUAGACUUCCCAAGCUCCUUUUCUCCCUGAAAGAAAAAGUAAUAGAACUUACAACUUGUUUAAACCUCCUGCCAUGUGGAGAUACUAGUUCCAACCAACAAGCAACAAAUUCCUUAACUUGCUCUAAUAGAUACGAGUGCAGUUUAAUCUUGCCACACUUUUUUAAAAUUUAAUUUUCCUAAAGCUUCCAAGGUAGAUUGACAUGUUAUAGGUUUGUUGGUAAUAACCAAACAGUAUCCUAAGUAAGGGAGUGAUGGAGAGACUAGAAAGCAUAAGUAGAUUAUAGAAUUUCUACCUUAGAUCUAUCCCUUACUCUUUCAGUUUUCCCAUACCUCCCAUACUUCAGAGGGAAUCUAUGACUGGUGAUAAAAACAAGAAUAUAGAGCUGUGCAACAUUAUUUGGGCUUCUACAACCAAUUUCUGAGUCCGUUCCAAAGUUUUAGAUACAGCCAAGACCUGUCCUAAUCAUACUAAAAUGUUGGGGGACAUCUGUAUGCAUCAGAUUUCACUAUUGUUUUUGAGAAAAUAACUCCCCUGGGCAUUGCUAUAAAGGAGAUUUAUUCAGCUUAUACAAAUAACCUGGGAUGUUGCUUGUUGUUAUGAUGCCUGCUGGAGAUUACAAUUGGGCCUUUUUUUCCAUCCUACUUAUUUUGAUAAGCAGAGCCUGAUUUUGAAGAAAGGAGGUUUAGAGACCGAAAUUGAGACUGGAGAUAAGAAGCAAAAGGCCAGGACCAGUGGUGGGUGUGAGAACAAAUCUAUUUCGUAGGGUUUGGAGGAAAGCAUAAUUGAGAGGGAAAAUAAACUGUCCCUCUUUGGACAUAUUAUUUGGGUAAAUAGCUAAAUAGAACGUGGUCUGUAAGUAACAGUCUAUUCAGUCUUCUGUCCCUGAUGCGAUGAAUCAUUGCCCGAUGCAAGAUGGACCCUUCGCCUCCAGGUUUUCUUCCUAAGGGGUGAGGGCGGGAUCAAUGAAAGUAGAGAGUUUGUUGAGUCAUUUAACCUCAGUGCCCACAUACAGAGGAGCUGUAAAAUGGGUAACACAUGUCCUGAUUUGGGGUGGAUGCAGAAUAUCAUCAUCAUUUUCCCAAUUACAGAGAGCAAAGGUUAUCUUCAGCCUUUUGAGUUAUAUGCUCACAUAGUCAAACAUCAAAUGUAAUUUAACUGAAGCUGUUUAAUAAACAAGUUUUUAAAUAUCUGUUCAAAUAAGAACACAUUUUGAAAGUUCUGCAAAGCCCUCUUCCACUCUUUAAAAGGUCUAGAAGUACUCUCCUUCUUUUACACAACAUCAACAUCGCUGGCCCAGAAUCUUUUCUGU